AUGGGCCAACUGGUCCCCCUGGGGAUCUGCGGACUCCUUUGCCUCUGCAUCCGUCUUUCGGCUGCGGCCUCAGAGGAUGAAAAGGAUCCAGACUAUUGGAACGGGAAAGCCAGGGAGACGCUGGAAUCCGCACUCAGGUUGACUCCGGUGGCCCAUCGUGCCAAGAACGUUAUUCUUUUCCUGGGGGACGGCAUGGGAGUCCCGACCAUCACUGCAGCCCGCAUCUAUAAGGGCCAAAUGGCCGGAGGCUCCGGUGAAGAGGCUGUGCUGGCGAUGGAGAAAUUCCCCUACAUCGCCCUGUCCAAGACGUACAACGUUGACCGGCAGGUGCCAGACAGCGCUGGGACGGGCACCGCCUAUCUGUGUGGGGUGAAGGCCAACGCCAAGACGUUGGGCGUGAGCGCCGCGGCCACCUAUGAUCAGUGCAAUACCACCUUUGGCAACGAGGUGCCCUCCAUCCUGCACCGGGCAAAGUUAGCAGGGAAGUCUGUGGGGAUCGUGACCACCACCCGUGUCCAGCAUGCCUCUCCGGGGGCCUCCUACGCCCAUUCGGUCAACCGGGAUUGGUACGCGGAUGACGACUUGCCGAAAGAAGCCCUCCAGCAGGGCUGCAAAGACAUUGCUUACCAGCUGCUCAACAAUACAGACAUCAAUGUGAUUUUGGGAGGGGGCCGGAAAUACAUGACUCCCCGGCAGACACCUGACCCUGAAUAUCCGGAUGACUCCAAGGUGGGCGGGACGCGGAACGACGGCCUGAACCUCAUUCAAAUGUGGCUGGAUUCCAAGGAGGGUGCCCACUACGUCUGGAAUAAGACCGGCCUCGAAGCCGUGGACGAAAACUCCACCGACUACCUCCUGGGCCUCUUUGCGCCCAAGGACAUGGAGUACGAGCUGGACCGGAACAAUGCCACGGACCCUUCCCUUGUGGAGAUGACCGAGGUGGCCAUUCGCAUCUUGCGCAAGAACCCCAAUGGCUUCUUCCUCUUUGUGGAAGGAGGUAAGAUCGACCAUGGACACCACCAAGGCAAAGCCAAGCAGGCUCUCAUGGAGGCUGUGAUGCUGGACGAAGCCGUGGAGCGGGCCGGGGAGCUGACCGAUGCCUCGGAGACGCUCAUGGUGGUCACGGCUGACCAUUCGCACGUCUUCACCUUUGGAGGCAGCACGCCCCGCGGCAACAACAUCUUUGGCCUGGCACCCAAAAGUGCAAAGGACAAGCGGCGGUACACCAGCAUCCUCUACGGGAACGGACCGGGCUAUGUCCUCAAGAACGGCAACCGGCCAGAUGUUCGCUCGGUGGACUUUGACGACAAGGACUACCGGCAGCAAGCCGCCGUGCCCCUGGAAUCCGAGACCCACGGCGGGGAGGAUGUUGCGAUCAUGGCCCAGGGGCCCAUGGCCCACCUUUUCCACGGCAUCCAGGAACAGAACUACGUUGCGCACGUCAUGGCCUAUGCAGGCUGCAUCGAGCCGUAUCACAAAGACCCAGAGUGUCUGGCGCCAGACCAGAGAUCAGGCCGGACAUCCGGCAGCCCCGGCCUCUCCCGAUACCCUUUUUUCCUCCUGCUUCCCUUUUGGGCGUGGCACUGGAGAUGA